AUGAAUCUGUUGACAGAUCUACUCCAGAGCACUCGAAGGAGUAACGGCGGAGUAAACGAGCUGGUGACGCAUAUAUUUUCGCGGCGCCCGCAGACUACACAACACCGCGCACGCCUAUCCGCUGCACAACGCGAAAGUGUACCGAACUUCUUACAGCUGCUGAAACAGUUUGAUACCGUCCGCACCCAUCGACUGCUAGAACGUCACUGUCCUGAUAUCCUCAACAACACAAUGCAAAACGCAGUGACUGCAGAUGAGUGUGACCAGCGUAACAAUGGCAUUGCUGCUGGUGCAGGCCAUGGACAGCCUGAGAACGACAGUCUGUGUCCACG